GGUUUUGGUGCUACUGUCCUACCAGUCCUACCGGUCCUACUGUCACUACUGUGCUCUUGUGCUACUGAAACAUAACAUAGUUUUAUUUUUGCGUUAUCUUUGAAAAAAGAUAACUGCACAACACGCCGAGCACGCUGAUAACAAAGCCAACGCAGGCCAACGUUGAAAGCGUGAACACUGAACGACUGAACAGCGUGAAUGUAUCAACCCGCCUACCGCGCCAGCCGGCCAGCUUUUGAAGACGCGUCUGAGCGCACGCAACUGCGUGACUGCGUCCCUAACCUGCCGUGAAACACCUUCGACUCCAUCGGUGACCGCGAAGACCUCUUGACAACGGACGGGGGUGCUUCGGUGGCAGGCGUGCAGAUAACGCGUGACGGCCUAGAGGAUCCAAGGAGAUGACACGGCUCGCCCUGGCUGUUUCUCUCGUGCUGCUUUGCGCGGGAGGAACGGCCGCUGGGCCAGCCGACGGCAGCACGCUCCUUCUCGAAGACCACGUCUACGAGUCGAGGACCUUCGAUGGCGCUAGCGGCGCUUUGGUCAUCUACUGCAACCCCGGCGAGUCUCCGAGUUACUUGGCCCUCUUCAAGUCCCUCUACAUCGAGUUCAGGCUGGUGCCCGAGCACUACAGCCUGUUCGAAGGCGCCGACGCUGACGAGGUCCGUAGCCAGCACACGUCUCGCCUAGCCAGCUGGAUGCCGCUGCUGCCUUGGAGACAGUCUACCAUCGGCUUCCCGACGUUCCGGCCUCACUGCGUGGGACUGGUGUCCGACGACGAGUUCCGCUUCGAGUUUGUGGUCCGCCAGGCCAACUACUGGAAGAUCUUCCAGCUCUGCCUCGGGGUCGUGCUCUUCUUCACCGUCCCGUCGCUAUGCCGGAACGUGCUCGUAUUCUACUCCGCGGGCGUUACGUUCGGCGUCCUGGCUUCGCUCCUCCUAGCGGUCUUCAUCCUGAGCCGCCUGCUGCCGCGCAGGUCGACCGCUUACGGCGUCCUCUUCUUCGGGUGGUCGCUCGUGCUCUACGUCCUCCAGUUGCUCUGGUCCAACUUGUACGACGUGCUCGAGCAGUACAAGCAUCUCCUGGCGGGCUACGUGGCCGUGUCCGCUCUAGUCAGCUUCGGCGUCUGCUACAGGCUGGGACCGCCCAGUCACCCGAGGACGCUGGACCUGCUUCAGUGGUCCCUACAGUUGCUGUCCCUCGGCCUGAUCUUCCUGUCCUCCGAGCUGCGGGAGGUGACCGGCGCCGUGGUGCUUGUCCUGCUGGCCGCGUACAACUUCCCGGCGGCCUGGUCUGCCAAACUGAGGACACACUGGAAACGACGGUUCCCGCCAGAGGUUAAGCUGCUCACGGAGGACGAGUACCUGCAGCAGGCAGACGUGGAGACAAGGAAGGAGCUGGCACGGCUACGCGAGUUCUGCGCCAGUCCCGACUGCAAGACGUGGACGGUGGUCACUAAGCUCAAGGACCCUGUCCGCUUUGCUCUCUUUGUGCAGGGACAGUCUCACCUGGCAGACGAUGAGGUGCUGCAGUACGAACUGGACUCUGCAGACAACCCAGCAGAGAUGGAUGAGAUGACGUCGGAUGACAGCGAAAAUUUGUCCUUCACCGAGCUCGAGGACUAGAGCUCGCAGACUAGACCUGCCCAAGGGCACCCUUGCCCGUUCUGCGGAAGCAUUGCUGCACUUUUGAAUGCGUUUUUAAUUUUAAUGAGUGCCACGAGCCGUCACUUUUUGUGCAGACUCAUUACUGCUAACUUGACGUAAAGUAGCACCGACUUUACACUAUUUUUGUAAACUUUUUGGCGUUACGACAGACGACGUGUGUGAGCGUUUCUUACAUGUUUUUAACUAAAUGCCCAGAAAACUUUUGCA